AACCCACACUCAUCCAAAAUGGCUGACGGAGAAGACAUCCAAAGCCCUAAAUCCAUUAACACUGAAGAUGACAUGGCAACAGUGACAGUGAAGCUGGAGAUCCCAAACUUCACCGUUAAGAAGAAAUUUAUGGGAAAAGCUGUGCCUAAACCAGGGGAAUCACAAGCAGAUGUAAAUUUUAAAUCUAUGGGAUUUGAAUUUCAAGCCAGCAUCACCAAAAAAGGUGUCACCACAAAGUACCAUUACAAGGUGAACAAGCUUCCAGGAGAGAUAGACAUUGAUAAUUGUCAAACAAAGUACAAAGAAGGACUUGUAACAUUGAUCCUCGCUAAAAAGGAAGAAAGUUCCUGGGCUGUGAUGCUGAGCAAGAACGGACUGGACCAGGCCCCAGAUGAGUGACUGACACAUCAAUAUAGUCUACAGAGAAACUAGAAUGCUGAUGAUUCCUGCUGAUAUAACUGAACUCAUUUCUUAUAUAGUGAUGUAAAAUAAAGCAACAAUUACGCACACUAUGAUUACAUGUUUACAUUAACUACAGUAUUACAGAUGUAUAACAGAUACAUACAUUGAUUAUAUAAAGUGUGAAAUGCAUAUUGAAAUGUAAUAGCCCAGAUGGAUGAGUUGUUAAGGUGUGUUAUUCAAUUCAAAGCUCAGUGUUUAAAGUCUUAGUGGUGUACACAUUUUUGUUUCUUAUAUUCUAUUUUUGUUUUAUUCUAGAGCUCUUUAGUUCCAAUCGUUUUAUGUAUCAAUUUGAAGUAUUUUAUGACAAAAAUGCAGAAAUCUGUGAACGUCAUUUUGAAUACAUUUUGUUGAACUUUUCACUUAGGUCUUAGUGCACAACUUAGAAUGCCACCUCUGGACAUUUAGAAUAGUUAUUGGUGAAAAUUUGACUAUCUGAGAAUUUAUGAACAUCUUAUUGAUUACAUGAAUUGUAAGUUAAGUGUGUAACAUUUAAAACUACGAGUUUCUUAGUUUUGACAACUUAAAAAUUCCAGUGGAAAUGGAAAGUUCAGCUGUAAUAUGAUCUAUAAAUCUUUUAGAAUUGUAUCACAAUGUAAAAAGAUAUUGGCAUUUGUUAUAGGUGUGUUACUUACAGUUAGUACCAUGUGUAACCACCAUUGAUUCCACAUCUUCACACUUUAAACAAAUGAUAUAUUUUAUGAAUGUAGAUGUUCGCACAUUUAAUACUUAGCGUUUUAUGGUUGUAUUGUUUUCAAGUAAUCUAAACUAGGUAACUUUUCUGUUGUGUUUUUUUCAAAGUAACAAUCUACUGCAGCUUCAAUAUGUUUGUUUCUUGUUUGUCUGAAAUAUUUAUAAUGUGAUUUUUGUAGCAUGUUUAUAUAAUAUUCAUUUACGUGUAGUGUUCUUAGGUAAUAAACGGCGUUAGAUAUUGAUGAGUUUACACAUCAAUUUACUAUUUCAACCAGUAUGCAUUUGAAUGUUUUAAAGUUUUAUUUUUAUGCCCCCGAAGGAGGGCAUUUAGUGAUUGCACUGUCUGUCUGUCUGUCACAAUUUGCGUUUAGGUUUAAAAAAUGCUCAUUACUUCUAUGUCGCUUCAAAUGUAACAUUCAUAUUUGGUAUGCAUGUGUAUAUGGACAAGGCCUGUCUAUACGCACACAAAUUUUGACCCUGAACUUGGGGUUCGCGUUUAGAAUUCCAACAAUGCGUUUAGGUUGGGAAAAAUGCUCAUAAUUUCUAUCAAAGCAUAUAUAGGGGGCAUAUGUAAUCCUAUUGAGACAGCUCUUGUUUAAUGCUGAAUUUUUUAUAGCAACAGAUCAAAAUGUCAUUUGCAUCAACUUCUUUGUGAGCGAUAGAUAGCAUCUCGUACUUUUACUUAGCAUUACUUAAUAACAGUAUUCAAACAUUACAGUUAUUAAAAUGCAAUAGCAGCAUACAUUCAACAAUAUGGAGAACAUCUUUUCUUAUUUAUGCAAUUUUAAGGGUGAAAGAAUUGUUUGCAUUAUCUUUACAAUAUUGCAGUUUACAACUUUUAUAUUAUUUGCUUUUUAUUGCAUUUUGGGGGAAUUUAACGCACAAGUGAUGUAUUUGUAAUGCUUUUGCUGAAACUCUCAAGAGCUUUGUAUACAAGGUGCAAUGCUUGAUUGAUAAUCAUGUAUGCUAUUUUGAUAUGCAAAAAAAUACUUUUUUCUCUAAUGCUGAAUUGAAUCUUUCUGUUAUGUAUUUUAGUGAAGUCCAUUUUGUGUAUGUAUUUCGCUAUUAAUGUUGAUUUUUGUCAGGAUUGAAAAUAACAUUUAUCAUUGUUAACACUAAAAACUUGUAUAGUUUAUAAAUUAUCAAUAACUUUGUGUUUUAUGUAAUUGUGAAUAUAAAAAAUUUUUAGCUUUGAUACACUAGCUGAUUUUGAGUGUCUUAUUCCGUUUAAAUAAUAAAAACUAUGAUUUGUGUAUUUUCUUUCAGAUAUUUAUGGUUGUGUUUGAAGAGUAGUUAAGUGUUUUUUUUUAUUUAUUUAAAUCUUAAUCUACCUCUAUACUGCUGUAAUUUAAAGUAUUAUGAUUCGCAUUUAAUCAUUCAUGUAUACUCAUUGAACCUUUUCUUUUCUUUAGAGACUGUUUCAGAUUGUAUUUAGCAGACAUUAUAUGCAGAUGAAAAAACUUAAUUUUUUAAUGGGUAAAAGUUCCUUUUUUGUGCAAUGGUUAACCGUUUAAUUAUAAUGUAUUAAUCGACAUUGGGACAAGUUGUUUUGAGAUGCAAAUAUUUCAUGUUAUUUGUACGUAACAACAUUGUAUUUUAUCAAUUGUUUUAAACAUUUAUUUCAAAUGGGUUGUUGGUGAUCUUUGUGUAUGUUUUAAAGUUGUGAAUUUAUUGCAUGAUUAAUAAGUACAUCUUAUUGCUGUUUUAGCAUAUUUGUUUUACUAUUUUACAAAUAUAGUAUCAUAUAGCU